AAUAGAGAAAGAGAGGGAGGUAAAGCAGAGAGAGCAGUACAGAAAGAGGGAGAGAGAGAGAGAGAGAGAGAGAGAGCGAGCAGUACAGAAAGAGAGAGAGUAAUAGAGAGAGAGAGAGAGAGAGGGUGGUCUUCUCUGGUUGUAAUGCACUCUCAGCAGACGGAGGACGGAGGAGCUCAGUGACAGAAUGAGCUUCACUCUGAGGAUCUGAAUCCACUCAGCAGGUGCUGCUCUGGGAACCGUCCCAAACUUCAGGUUCUGGAUAUGUUCCGGUUCUGUAUAUAAUCAUAUAUAAGGAGAGGAAUCCACCACUUCUGGACCUGCUGGACCUGCUGCAGCUUCAUUCUUCAUCAUAAGCCAUGGCAAUAAGCCCCGCCUUCCUCAUCCUCCUCAGUCUGAUUGGCUGCAGCGCUUCUAAGGGUGUGGCUCAGGAAGAAGCUCCACCCCCUCCUCGGGGUUGCGGUUUGAGCGUCGCGCCGGCCUAUCGUGUCCUCUGUGAUCUGGAGUCGGUGUGGGGCGUGGUGUUGGAGGCGGUGGCCUGUGGAGGCGUGGUUACGUCCAUCAUUCUCGCCACGCUGCUGCUGGCGAAGCUGAAGACGGUGACGGAGCAGGAGCGCCGCUGCGGGGUGGGUCCUCUCCUCCUGCUGCUGCUGGGCAUCGUGUGUCUCUUCGGUCUUUCCCCGGCGUUUCUGGUUGGGCGUGGCGAGGUGCUGUGUGUGGCGCGCCGCAGUCUGUUCGGCUCGCUGUUCGCUAUGUGCUUUUCCUGCCUGCUGGUUCAGGGGGUGCGACUGCGCCGCCUAGCGGCCGGAAAAAGGAGCCCGUCUGGAAGUUCUCUUUCCCUGCUGGCACUGGGGCUCACGUCGGUGCAGGGCAUGCUGGCGGGCGAGUGGCUGCUGCUCACGGUGGCGCGCGAGGGCCGCACUGCCUGCGAUUACCUGCCAGUGGACUUUGCGCUGGCAGGAAGCUACGCUCUGGGGCUGCUGCUGGCUGCCACGGCCCUGUCCCUGUGCGUGGUGCUGUGCGGUGGACGGGGGGGCGAGGAGGCGAGUAAGAGGCGGAGGGGGAAGUGGAGGUGCAACGCUGUGUGGCUCUUCCUCGCCUGCCUCGCUUCCCUCCUUCUGUGGGCUGGCUGGCUCGCUUUCUAUCUCUAUGGCAACGCAGCCUCAGCACCCCGAGCCUCCCGUCUCCGCGGCAGUGCUGCAGCCGCCGUAACCGGGGCGACGGACUGGGAUGAGCCGGCGCUCGCCCUCGCUUUGGUAACGGUCGGCUGGUCGCUCCUGCUGUUCUACGCCAUACCGGAAACACACCUGUGCCUGAGGCAGCCGGCCAAUCAGAGGAGCGACGAGGCUGGGCAGGAUUCCUACUAUGACGCGCGCCAGCCACCCACAACCUCGCAGAGUUACCAUGACGAUGAGGCACCUGCGUCCAAUCACAGGUCGGGGUACGCAGAAAGGCAGGCCUUCACUGUGGAGGAGCAGCACACCGCAGCUGUACAGGCUGGAGGGUAUCAUGCUGGAGUAAUAAGGCCGGUGCUUCCAUUCCGGAGUCAUGUGUAUCAGCCCACUGAGAUGGCUGUGCUGAUGAACGGAGGAGCGGUGAGUAUUCCCACCGCUCCCCCAAACUACACAGGACGGCAUCUGUGGUGAAACCAGCACCACCAAAACUCAGCCCACCUGUACCUGGACAAAAUGCACCUUAGCUGAGAUCACAGAGGCGAGAGGAUGCGUGGAGAUGAUCUAAUCGAUGUAUUCCAGUACUCUUCAAGCUGUGCCCAAGAGCUCUUUAAUAUUGUAAUAAUUACCUGUAGAUGACGUACAGUAUCUGGACAUGAGUGCUGUGUUAUUCAGUGUUGAUGAGGCAGUGAUGAUGCACUGGAUGGUCAUGGUCACUGUCGCUUCUCCGCAGUGAGAGAUAAGAGAGAUGACUCUGAGACGAAGGUACUGUAUUGAUAUUUUAAUCGAGCCAUUUCUGCCUGUUUUUAAAAAGCACUAUUUGGGAUAUGUUUACCAAUAAUUCUUUGGGAUACAAUUAGGGAUACACUUACCAAUAAUACUUUAAUAAUGACAUACGUUUAAUAAUAUUGAUUAAUAAUAAUUUAUAUAUAUAUUUUUUUCUCUUCUCAAACAUUCUGUUUUUGGCUUAUUUGUUUAUAUGAGUAGUUACAGUGGUGCUUAAAAGUGCGAUUUUCUAAAAAUCCAUUUGGAUUUUUCUGCAUAUUAGAAAGUUAGAGACCCAUGGGUUCAGACCCAUGAUACUUCCACCACCAUGUUUCACAGAUGGCACUUUAUCGCUAAGGCAGCCAUAUUGACUACGGCCCCAAACUGCAUCACGAUGAGGCUGAGUAUGAUAAUACUGACCCAUCAGGAAGACACUAAUUAUCCAGCAAUAAACAGCAAAUUGUCUCCCAUCACCUACCCCCAAAAAAUCCAAAGAUCUAUUUUAGCCUUAUUCUACUCUAGUUUUACUCUAGUUCUUUUUUUAAAGAAGCAUCCCUUAUUUGCACACAAUUUACAUUAGUUGUUCUCCUGAUUUGUGAUAAAGGCCUUCAGUUGCUUAGAAGAUACAUUGGGUUCCUUAGGGACCUCCUGGACUAUUACACAGCUUGCUUUUGCUGUAAUAUUUGGUGGUCUAUAACUCAUCCUGGAAUAAUGGUCUUAAAUUUCUUCAAUUUUUUCACAAUAUGCCUGAACAUGGUUUUCACUUUUAGGACUUGUUUAAUUUAAGGUCAAUUUAAGGACAUUUCUGCAGAAAUAUUGACAUUAUUCGCAAACUUUCAAGCACCACUGCAAAUCUGUCUAUUAGUGGCUACUUAGUUAUAUAUUUAUUAAUCUGAAGAUGGAAACAUCUUUCUCUUGUUUACCAGCAUUUUUUUACCCUCUUUAACUCACAUCUCUUGAUCUGUUGCUUUUGUAAAUGGUAAAUAGUCAUGAUCAUUGAUCAUUUUUGAUAAGUCUGAUGUUUUUUCUCAAUUUUUUCCCCCUGUUGUUGUUAUCAUGUACUUAUGCUCUUCAGGGAUGUGUUUAUGUGCACUUUAAGAUGAAAGAUGAUGCUGUACCGCAGAAAUCUGUCCAUUUUUUUCCUCUUGAAUAGUGAAUUUUUUAACUGGAUGAAAGUGAGACAUUUUUAAAACGUUUGUAGCUAUUUCGUGAGUAGCCUUUCGUGGUGUUCUGAAUAAUCCGCAGGCUGUUUUAUGGUACAGGAAAGUGAGUAGCACUUUAAACAGACGUUCACGUGUCUCGUCAGUGCUAUCGUGGAUAAUUUGAUAGUUUGAUCACGUGUCAGCGGUGUAUAUUAUAUUCGCACGCUUCGACGAAGACGAAGACGAUGGCAUGGGGCUGCUGGACGUUGCUCUGGGCCGUGAUUGGUCCACUGAAGAUCUGGAUUUAGACUCACAGAGAUUAAAGACUGGUGAGAUGUUGCUUCACAAGGUUGUUUUUUCUGUGGCAAAUAGUUUUAACUUUAGUGAUGAUAAAAGACCUGGUUUUGAGUUGUUGUAUAAGUAACAUAAGCAUUCAGAAAAGUGCUGAAUGCGAUUGUGAUUAAUAAACAAUGCAGUUUA